GCUCUAAAUCCGGCGUGGAAUAUUACCUGCAAUGAACGUCAAGGGUGUAACGAUAUUCCUAGGGGUUCUGGUUGGGGUCCAGUGUCUACCUAGUUUCUUCCAUCACGCCCAAACACAGGAAGUCCAGAUCACCGGAAGUGAAGCCCUUGGCACUCCCGUUAAGUGCGAGACAUGUAUUCAUUUUACUAGAAACGUCGGUGUGGAUCUCCUUGGCAUCAUUCUCAAUACCGGUACUCAUGGCUCCUGUGAAAAACUGUGUGCGUUGCUCCGUGACAAGAGUCAGGCUCCCAUGUGUGGUCGUCUCUGCAAAUCUGUUGGUCUAGUUGCAUUUGCUAAACACUUCCAGAAGGCGGACACAAACCCCUUCUAUUUUUGUGAACUCAUAACCCUGUGCCCCGGAUUUGACGACGGUGAUGCCCAAAUCACAGAGUUGUCAAUUGACCCAUCAAUAGCCCCACAAGGCAAGAGAACAAUAAGCUAUUCCUACACCUCCAAUAAGGGAACCGGAACAGGGGAAGCUGUCCUGCUUGUUGAGACAAUUGAUGGUUAUCACAUUGACGAUAGUGUCCUCAUCCCGAAGUCUCCGCCAGGCACUUACCGCAACAGUGUUACCCUCACGACUAUCCCCCGUCGACCCUGUGAUCCUAACAAGGAAGCAUGUGAAAAGUGGGUUCCUGGAAACUACACACUAUUUCUGGGUAUCUGCAAUGGCAGAUGUGGAGCCAAUUUCCCACACAGCAAGAUCUACGACAUGCGCAACACCACGUUCGUCAUCUCUGCCUAGACAUUGUUGUAUGGUUGAAUACAUGUGUAAACAAA